AAAUAAAUGAGUAAAGGCGUUUAAGAUUCCAAUCCACAUCGGGGGCAAGAAGAAACUGAAAAUUAAGAUUCCAAAUGUAAAGCAAAAUUUUGGAACAAUCCCAGUUAAAAAGGGAUUGCAAGAAGAGACGAUGGAAGGCGAAGGGAGGAGCGAUGUGGGGAAAGCAUUGGGAUUGCUGAUAUGUGGUACCUUGGUGUACUACCACUGUGCCUACCGCAAUUCAACCAUUCUCUCUCUCUUCUCCGAUGUCUCGAUCAUUCUCCUUUGCUCUCUUGCUAUUCUCGGCCUCCUCUUUCAUCAAAUGAUCUCUUCUCCGAUGUCUCGAUCAUUCUCCUUUGCUCUCUUGCUAUUCUCGGCCUCCUCUUUCAUCAAAUGAACAUCUCGAUUCCGGUAGAUCCACUUGAGUGGCAGAUCUCACAGGAUGCCGCUAAUAGCAUUUUUGCAUGGUUAGCUAAUACUGUUGGCGCAGCUGAGUCAGUCCUAAGGGUUGCAGCAACUGCGCACGACAAAAGACUAUUUUUUGGGGUCGUUGUUUGUCUUUACAUACUGUCAGCCAUUGGACGAUUGGUCUCUGGUGCUACAGUUGCUUAUGCAGGAUUGUGCUUGUUCUGCCUUUACACGCUUGCGGAAAGCUUGCAGUCAAUCAGAACAUGCGUUCCCCAGUUUCAAAGGCCAAGAAAUGGCACCACUGUUGAAGUCGAUAAUAUGUAAUUGCAAGUGCAGUUUGAACAUACGGUAAAGCAAGUUGAAGCUUCCAAACUUUGUUUUAUCUUUGGACCUAGCCUUGUUGAGUAUCGUUGCUAUACUUUGGCCAAGACUGUAAGAUGUAUUACUGACUUUUGCUAUACUUUGGCCGAGAC